AUGCCCCCACCAUUCCGCCCACGAGCCAGCAAGUCCUCAUUCAAGCCUGCUCCCGCUCGUGGUGACCGGAAGGCGUUCCUCCGGCAGGAUUUCCCUCGCCCGUUGUCGAGACGUGAGCAGGACUUCCUACACCGCGACAUGGAGCGUGAGCUCAUGAGGGCGCCACCACUACUCCCUACGGCCAAGGAUAUGAGUCUAGUCCAGUCGACUUCUACAGUGUUCAUUCACCCCAAGCUCGACCUGUGUCUCGAUCAAGCAGUGAAGAGUGCUGAUGUCGACCUCGACCGAGCCGUUAAGAACGUCGUCGAUGUAGUGGAGUCGUUACCAUCUCGAGAGGGCCUCACGAGACCGGACCUCCGCAUGCAAGCUCUAGUGACUCGUGUCGCCAAUCGUAUGCAGUUGUCAUCAGUCGAUACGCUCUUCUAUGCAGCCAUGUUGGGCCUCAGUGUCGGCGGCACGAACUGCGACAACAUCUUCGAGGAGCUGCUAUCGGUCAGUCGAGUACAUGAGGUUUCACCGGCCAACCUCGUGAGGCUGUUCCGUGCAAGAGCUCUGGGAACCUGCCCAGGUGAUCGCGAAUGGCAGAUCCUCGCGUCGAUGGUCACCAGUAGUGUCCGACUAGAGGCUCUCGUCCCCCUGUUGGAGUUGCUCUCACUAGCUAAAGUAGAGGAGCCUACCUCCUGGGAGCUGGCCCUUGGGUCCUUAUCGUGGCUUACCUUGUCCGUCCCGGAAUUCCUCACUUGUCUUGGUGCCCUUAAAGCAUGCCCCGAUGUUGAGCUCGCUGCUAAACACUGUGCUAGGGCGGUCCAUGCCCUCGAAUCCGGCUUGGUCUACGAGCUGCUCUCGUUGGCUGAUCGAGACACUCUCCUCUACACACUGGCUAUCCUCAAGCACCGAUUCGAAUCACACGUACUCUGCCCUCACCCAUUACAAGUAGAGGUGGCAGACGGACCGGCUCGGCUGUUGGCUAGAAGGCUAGCGUCGGACAUGAACCUCGAUCAGGCAGCGUUCCCCCGAAUGUGUCGGGUCUCGAUGGCCCUUGUGCAGCUCGGGCGUCUGCCGGACUGGACUGUGAAGGCUAUAGAGAAGCGCUUGGCGUCGCCGAGAUUAUUAUUACUCCCUUCAGCCGGGGUCCAGGCGACAGAUCUGCUUAGUUUACUGUGGGCUUUACAUCGAUGGCCCAACUCGUGGCGUCGAAGACCAGAAUGGGGUGCUCCUGAUGGUCUCGGUACACAGCUCCACAUGGCUCUACGGGCCCAUCUAACGUCUGGUACGAUGACCGCUCGGAUGUUGCUGACAGCUGUUGAAUGUCUGGCAUCAUUCACCACGAGGAAAACCAAACCAGUGCUCCUGGAUGCAAUGCGGGAGGCGGCGAGACUAGCGCUCGAGAACAAGGAAGCUCUCACGCUCAACGAGAUCUGUAUGGCUGCAUCGACCUACACUGUGAGACUCCGGUUUUCGUCGAUCGAACCUCAGACUACGGUCGCCUUCCUGCAGCUCCUCCACCAACGAGGACUGGACAGACUAACGACGCCCCAGUUGGCAGAUCUAUGUGAAGUUCAUUCUCACUCCCGGAUAGUGACUGGUCUUCCGGAGACUUUGGACGCCCUUACUGCGAGGCUUGAAAAUACGGGCGGACUGAUCGCGCCUUCGGUAGCUGCUAGAGUUCUGGUGUCAGGAGCGAUGAUGCAAGCAGUGGCCCCAGAGGGCUUGAUCCUUGCCCUGGGUAAGGCAGUGAAUGCUGCCGAGAAUUUGCAUCCGCGCGUGGCAGCACGAAGCAUCUGGGGUAUCAUCGCAUGGCAAGCUGGACGGCAUGAGGAGCCCGGGUUGACGGGUGAGUUGGAGAAGCUCGUCAUGGCAGUGGCCAGCAGGGAGGCGAUGGAGACUGUACUUGAGCACAGAGCUGUGUCUGGGAUGCUGUGGCAGGCUCUGAGUGCCCCGCAAGCUGAUGCAAGUAUCAGGGGAGUUAUGGAGGGGUACAAGGCCCAUCUGUUGGCUUUAGACCAGCAAGACGACUACAAUAUGUUCCCAUCUGGUCCUAUCCCGGAUCUUGAUGGCCUCUUGGAGCAGGCUGGUCUCGGGCGGAGCGCCUCUCUCGUGGAGGACAAGGAAAUUGGCAGGGAUCCAAGCCUCGUGGCUGGCCCGGAUGGAGCGGGGUCGAUUGCGCCAUCCGAUGAAUUCGAACUGAAUCUGGCCCUUGCUGAGUCACCAUCCGUGGGGACGGACGAGAUAGAGCAGCCUAUGGGCAUCGAUGAUCAGAACGAACACCUCUCGGAAGCGAACUAUGACAUUCGUCAGAUUUUGGGAGAGCACACAUGGAGGCAGCUGGUCGUCGAGAGUGCUGAACGUGAGCGGCUGACUUCGGAGGCCGAGGGGAGCUCAGGAGUCGCUAAUGGAGCGGCACCCGAAGACGAAGAUGAGGACCUCGACUCUCCCAAGGAUGCGUCCUACCUAGCGGGGCUAAGAGCAGCUGCCUUGAAACGAAGCCCUCGUACAACCUUCCCGAAAUUACAAGGCUUGCUGGCUGACAUCCUCAGUGCUCUGAAUGUGUGUCACCGAUUCCCUCGAGUGGGGAUCGAGCUAGAACAUGAAUUGCAUAAGGACAGCGGAGGGUUUGAGUACUUGCCGAGACUCCAUGAGCAAUUCGACUUAGAUUGGCUGCAUAGGGGUGCCAAAAUUGGGAUUAUUGUCCUAGGCCCGAAGAGCUAUGCACUCGACGAUCAGCGGCAUCUACUCUGCGAUGCCAAAAUGUCUGAAAUGCAGUACGAGGCUUCAGGAUUGGACGUGUUGAUUGUGCACUCUGAUCACUUGCAUGCGGCACACGAGGCGGGUGAAGACGAAUUGAAGAAGAGAGUUCGGCGUGCCAACCGCCUGCCCCCACUCGGCAACGAUUGCGAGAUGUUGAAAAGGUGCAUCGAUGUUGUCCUUGGUGUUGAUGAAGGACGAGAUGAGGUUUCAGUGUACUCGCAUGGACUGUAG